GCGAGACCGCGUCCUGGCGGCGGUAACGGCGCCCCGGGAGCUAGAGGAGGUGGAUCGAACUGCUUUAAGUGCAACCAGCCUGGACAUCGGGCGAACAACUGCCCUGGUGCGGCUGAUGCUUCCUCGGCUUCAGUCAAAGCGGAUGAUGCUGGCUGGGAUUCCGCUCGAAGUCUGCACCUACUGAAAACUCAUCUGGCUGGGGCGACUCCGCAAGUACUACCGCUACACCGUCUACUGAAAGCAUGUCGUCUGGAUGGGGUGAUCCUCCGUCUGGCGAUCAAUCUUCUGCCGUUAGUUCUGAUGGUGGCUGGGGCGACUCUACGGGUGGCAGUGCCGUUCAGAGCUGGGGAUCUAACGCAAGCAUGUCCACUUCGGAUAGCGGUGUUAAUAGGUCAGACAAUGCUGGACGCAAUCGAAGCAUGGGACUUACUGGCGAACCCUGUCCUGAUGAUAGACACGGUGGCUUCAAAUUAAGCGUCUUUUGUAUCGCGCCGUCUGUUGAUGCCGAACGCUUGAAAACCGUUUUUGGAUCAUGCGGAACCGUGAAAGACGCUUUUGUCAAAGACGGCGAGAAGGGAAAGUUCGGAUUCGUCACAAUGGAAACAGUAGCAGAAUGUGAAAAAGCGGCUUCGGAAUUGAAUGGAAAAGAUAUCGAUGGCUCUCGAUUGCGGAUUAGUUGGGCGCGACCGCGUCCAGGUGGCUCAAACGGCACUCCUGGAGCGAGGGGUGGGGGGUCGAAUUGUUUCAAAUGUCAGCAGCCUGGGCAUCGGGCCAAUAACUGCCCUGGUUCAGGCACAGCUUUUUCGACGCUUUCUGCUAGCUCCACAUCGGAUGAUUCUGGCUGGGAUUCCGUACCCAAACCCAAUCCGGUGCCUGCUGAAGAUUCAUCUGGCUGGGGCGACUCUGCAAGUACUACCGCUGCUCUUCCGUCAACUGAUAAUAGCACGGCGUCUGGAUGGGGUGCUCCACCGUCUGGCGAUCAAGCUACUGCCGAUAGUUCUGGUGGCUGGGGAGACUCUGCGGGUGGUAGUGCCGGUCAGAGCUGGGGAUCGGACUCCAACGCGUCUGUUUCGGCAGGUUCUGUUUAUAGGUCAGACAAUGCUGGCCGCAAUCGAAACAUGGGGCUUGUUGGCGAACCUUGCCCAGAUGAUAGGCACGGUGGUUUUAAGUUAAGCGUCUUUUGUAUCGCUGCGUCUGUCGAUGCCGACCGCCUUAGGACUGUUUUUGGAGCAUACGGAACCGUGAAAGACGCUUUUGUUAAAGACGGAGAGAAAGGCAAGUUCGGAUUCGUCACAAUGGAAGCAGUAGCGGAAUGCGAAAAAGCAGCUUCGGAGUUGAGUGGAAAAGAUAUCGACGGUUCGCGAUUGAGAAUUAGUUGGGCACGACCGCGUCCUGGCGGCGGCAACGGCGCUCCGGGCGCGAGAGGAGGUGGAUCCAACUGCUUUAAAUGCAACCAGCCUGGACAUCGGGCAAACAACUGUCCUGGUGCGGCUGAUUCUUCCUCGCCUUCGGCCAAAACGGAUGAUGCUGGCUGGGAUUCCGCUCCGACGUCUGCACCUACUGAAAAUUCAUCUGGCUGGGGCGAGUCGGCAAAUGCUACCGCUGCACCGUCUACCGAUAGCAUGUCGUCUGGAUGGGGUGCUCCUCCGUCUGGCGAUCAAUCUGCUGCCGUUAGUUCUGAUGGUGGCUGGGGCGAGCCUACGGGUGGCAGUGUCGGUCAGAGCUGGGGAUCAGACUCACACACAUCCACUGCGGGGGAGAGCAGUGUUAAUAGCUCGGACAUUGCUGGGCGCAAUCGAAGCAUGGGACUUACUGGCGAACCCUGUCCGGAUGACAGACACGGUGGCUUUAAAUUAAGCGUCUUUUGUGUCGCUCCGUCUGUUGAUGCCGAGCGCUUGAAAUCUGUAUUUGGAUCAUGCGGAACCGUGAAAGACACAUUUGUCAAAGACGGCGAGAAGGGAAAGUUCGCUUUCGUCACAAUGGAAACGGUAGCCGAAUGUGAGAAAGCGGCGACUGAACUAGGGGGAAAGGAUAUUGAUGGUUCGCGCUUGCGGAUUAGUUGGGCACGACCGCGUGCAGGUGGCGCAAACAGUACUCCUGGAGCUGGAGCGAGAGGUGGGGGAUCGAAUUGCUUCAAAUGCCACCAGCCUGGACAUCGGGCUAAUAACUGCCCUGGUAAUGGGGCUGCUUCUUCUACGCCUUCUGCUAUGUUCAAGCCGGAUGAUUCUGGUUGGGAUUCUGCUCCCAAGCCCUCUACUGAUAAUGAUGCGUCGGGUUGGGGUGAAUCCGCUGGUGGUACUGCUGUUUCAACUGCCGCAUCGUCCGGUUGGGAGAAUUCUGACAAUAAAUCUGCUGCUGCGGGUUCUGGUGGCGGCUGGGAUGACUCUGCCCCUAGUGGUGACAGUGGAUGGAAUAAUGCGACGUCACCAUCUAAAUCUACCAACGAUUGGGCUAAGUCGAAAUCAAAUGAAAACUCCCUGGACGCGGAGAUGUCUGGGCUGCAAGAAUUUCUGUUGAUGAAAAAGCAGAAGAACAUGGAGGAAAAAGCACGUAUACUGGAAGAGAUUCGUCAGGAAAGAGUUGAAAUGGAAAAGCUAAAACGGGAAAGGGUAAUCCAGGCUAUCCAGAUGGAACGAAUCAAAAACUCUGCACCAAAACUUCCGCCAGCGCCGAAGUCUUUGCGAAAAAGUGAAAUGUAUCCCGAUUUGUUUAGCGCGGAAGAGCGUGAGAAAGCAGCUAGAGAGUACGGCAUGAGCAAAAGACCCAGAUAUCUUGAUCGGGAGCAUCUGUUGUUCUCUGGAGAACGCUCAAAAGAACAAAUCAUGGCGGACGCGGAGGCAUUUAUGGGCGGUGUCGUGACUUUCCGGAAACGAUCUCUCUCGCCCGAGGACGAGAACGAUUACAAAACACCCACGGCGCGAACGCGUAAGCGUAUACCGGCUGCGAACAGCGGUACCGGCGUUGUUCGUUCAGCAACACAUCGCGGUGGCAAGUCGAAAGAUGAAUCGCCUGAAUUCUCUGAACCCAAUUCACCGCCGUCCGACGAGGACGACGAGGAGUACAAGCCCACAUCGGCGACGGCUGGACGAAAGCGUAAAUCGGUUAGCUUUGACAACAGUGUGAAGGUCUUUGAAUCGGCUGUGAAUGAUUUGUUCAAGCCGGAUCAACCGGUCAGGACCACGCAGUCACCGGCUGACUCGUCCACCGGCAAAACGUCGGGAUCCAAACGCAAGGCUCCGGACUCGUCGGGUAAUACGAAGAAAGCUUUCAAGGUCAGUGUAGAAUUAGUGCCGCCACCUGAAGGAGCGCGUUAUGCCACACGCAGUAGGAAGCAGCCGGCAUCGAAUGUGGUGGAUCUUAACAGCACACCUAUUCUCGACGUCAUCAAGCGCAUGUCCGAGACUUCAAAACAAUCCAAGUGAGCGAAGGCAGCGAUCUCGUUGGUUGGCCAUUAUGAUUUUGUGAGUGAUUUUGCUGAUUGGAACUGGAGUGAGUUUUUGUCUUUGAUUGUAUAGUUGGAAUGGAUUCUCUAUUUUGUAUCCACAUGGUUGCCUUUUACUGUACAGAAGUUUCCUUUUGAUACGCCUCUGAUGCUGUUCACUGUAAAUGUAUUCUUAUUAAUAGCCUGUUUCCUAUGCUAUCACUUUCUUCAUAUGAGGACUAUUAUGCAGAAAAAGAAUUACUUUGUUGUAUAAUAAUGUUUGUUGGGAUCGGCAUUGAUAAUCAGUACUCGUACACA